UGUUUUAUUUACAAUAAUGUCUUUGGAAGAACUAGCAGUGGGGAAAUUGGCAGAGUUUUGAAUCUGUUGUUUGUGGUUUCUAACUUCCUGGUAAUUUGAAGAAUAGCGUAAUAUUGAAUAAUCUGCAGUAAGUGAAAUUUGUACGCGUUUUUGUGUCGUAUAACACCUGGUAUCAAUGGAUGGUGAGUGGAAACCAAAUGAAGAGAGCUUGCAACAACUGUUGGAAAUGGGAAUAUCGAAGGAAGAUGCAGAAGAAGCACUGAGGAACACUGGAAACUCAUCAGUUGUUUUUGCUGCUGAUUAUGCAUUUGCAAAGCAAGAUAAGAUUGACCCAUUUCUGUCUAGAGUAUACCAUAUACCAGAAGGCUGUAAAAUGGUAUUUGUUGUAAACACUGAUCUUGGCAUGAGCAUAGGGAAAACUGCGGCACAGGUUGGGCAUGCAACAUUGGGCCUUUACCAGAAAUUAACAGCUUCACCACAGUAUGCUGAAGAUUUGAUUAAUUGGGAAGAUAACGGUGGAAAAAUGGUCGUCCUUAAGGGUCUUAACUACCAGCACCUGAAGUUGCUAGAAAAAGAGGCUGAGGUGAACAAACUUCCAGCACACUGUAUUACAGAUGCUGGUCUUACUGAAGUACAGUCUGGUUCAACAACUGUAUUAGCAAUUUUUGGCAAAGAAACUCUAGUUAAUAAUGUUACCGGAGAACUAGCCCUGUUGCAAUAGGGGAAAAAAUGCUACCAUAUUGGCGAGAAACACUUUAAAACAGCUUUGUUAUUGCAGUGCUUGUGUCCAUAGAAAUUGUAUACAUAAAUUAUGUACUAACAAUUUUUUUUUUUUUUUAAAUGAGAUCUUUUUUUCUCUCUGCUUGUUUUACAGAUAGUGUAAUACAUGCCAAGAAAUGCACAACGAAAUUGCUUAUUGCAGUGAGUAGUUACAACAUACUGUAGGUUUAUUGCAAAACAGUUCUUGAUUUUGCGUAUUUGUUUCAAAUUGUUUCAGUGACAAGAUUUUAUGUACACUCAAGUGUUUAAAAUGUACAUUGUUUCUCUUGAACUGUUGUCAGGUUGCUUCAGUUGAUAAGCAUUUCAGCAUGACCAAAUGAAGUGUAGGCGUAACCUAUUACUUGUGCAAUAUUAUAUUUUGAUAUUGAACUGCCAAAUGUCAUUGUCCAUACAGACCUGAGAGAAUUUGGUUGAAGUAGCUGUUUAAUACUUGUAUAUAAACUUGUAACUUAAUAUUUAAUCCAUAAUGUUGGUUCUACAAAGACUAUGUUAUGUGUUAAGCUCUGUGAUUACAAGACAAAGAAAUGAAGCACAGGGAGGAAAAACAAAAGCUAAAAGUUAAAUGCGAGGACUUCUGUUGCUUUGUUAUCUUAUUUGUGCUUAUAGAGGUAGUUUUCCAUGACUGAUGUUGAGUGGUUUGUGUUUGUUACACUAUGAAUUCAAGAAUAAGCAAAAACAGAUCCUCACUGUUAUUUGUAUUUGUCUAUACUGAAUUGUAUAUGAAAAAGAUGCUGCCAAGGUGCUAUCAGAUAGUGUUGAAUGUUAAGUAUUUAAUGCCAGUGAUAUAGUAACAGAGUGGUAUAAAAGGCAGCACAAGCAUAUCAUGUAGUACUCUGUUGUAGCAAGAAGACAUUAGCCAUAUUUUAUGAAACCUGUAUCAGUGAUGUGAGAUGGUCAUAUUUAUGUAUAAAAGGUUUUCCCUCAUUUAGUGAAGUUAAUGGAUACUACAGUUUCGAUCAUGGCAUUUGAACAGUUUUAUUUUUACAAGGUUUUACUGUUGUUUUAUGUUGUUUAGGCAAGUCUUAUAAAGCAUUAGCAUGCUGACUUUGUACCUCAGUAAACUCUUUGCACAGAUGUGUAGGAGUUAAUUACAUUAAUUAACAAUAAACACCUACUUCUUUAGCA